AUGGCUUCAUCGUCUGCGGCGGCCGGCCUGUUGGCUCGCCAGCUCAAGCAAAUGCAAAACGACCGCAGCAUAUCGGGCAUCAGCUGCGGCUUGGUGGACAGUAAUGUGUUUGAGUGGGAGGUGAUGCUGAUGAUUGACGACGACACCAAGUUCUACGGAGGAGGCUUCUUCCGAGCGCGCCUCACGUUCCCUAGGGAAUACCCACUUAUGCCGCCCAAGAUGCGCUUCGAGACACCCAUCUUCCACCCAAACAUCUACCAGAACGGCGAGGUCUGCAUCUCCAUCCUACACCCACCCGAGGAAGACAAGUACGGCUACGAGUCGGCGGCCGAACGCUGGUCACCUGUCCAGACACCCGAGACCAUCCUGCUCUCCGUCAUCUCUAUGCUGUCCAGCCCAAACGACGAGUCACCCGCGAAUGUCGAGGCAGCCUCGCUAUGGCGCGACAACACGCCCGAGUUCAAGAAACGAGUGCGAAAGUGCGUACGUGAUAGUUUGGAGUUUGAAUAA